AUGAAGUUCUCAACCCUAUCGCUCCUGGGUCUCCAGGCCGCUAGCCCAUGCAUAGCACUCCCAAGUCCAGCUUCUCGAGACCCAGUCAUUGCAAAAGCAACAGCCAAGAUAGACAUUCUUGCCUGUUCAGCUCGCAAAGACCCUGAAAGCAGCCAAGGCGUCUCGAUACCCCUCAUUCCUACCGCAGGAGCCAAGUCCCGCUUCGAUGACUUCGUCCAGGCCCUCCGCGAAGAAUGCGGAUACCGCGGCACCCAACCCUACUGGGACUGGGCCAAGACCGCCCAAACCGGUCUCUCCGCCUCUCCCAUCUUCGACGGCAGCGCGACCUCCAUGUCCGGCAACGGCGUCCACAUCCCCAACCAAGCCGACAUAGUCCUGGGCGGCGGCGAGGGCAGCGGUCUCCCGCCAGUCUACCUCCCAGCCGGCACCGGCGGCGGCUGUGUCACCUCCGGUCCCUUCAUCAACAUGACCGUCAACCUCGGCCCCAUCCAACUCGACGUACCCGGCGGCGGACCGCAAGACAUCAACCCUGCCGGCCCGUUCGCUUACAACCCACGCUGUCUCCGUCGCGAUUUGACUGAUGCCAUCAACCAGCGCUAUUCCAACGCUUCCUCUAUCAAACACCUCGUCGCCCAAGAAACCAUCGACAGCUUCCAGAUGAUCAUGCAAGGCAUCCCGGGCACAGGCGACAUCGGCGUGCACGGCGGAGGUCAUUACUCGCUAGGAGGAGAUCCCGGGCGCGACGUGAGCGUGUCACCUGGCGAUCCAGCGUUUUAUUUGCAUCAUGCCAUGAUUGAUCGGGUGUGGUGGAUGUGGCAGAUGGUGGAUGCGGAGAAGAGGGUGUAUGGCCAGAAGACGGGAGAGGCGGUGGGGGGGACGAGGACGUUCCUCAAUAUUCCUGAGAGCGAGUCGACGAUGUUGGAUAAUGUGGUGGAUUUUGGGUGUGCGGCGGGCCCGAAAAGGAAGUUGAGGGAGUUGAUGAGUGUGGUUGAGGGGCCGUUUUGUUAUGUUUAUGUGUGA